AUGUGUCCCCGCCAGUCCUGCCCUGAGCCUUGGGCACAGAGAGGGGCAGGGGACAUGAGCCCCUUGUCACCCUGGUGUCACAGCAGGACACGGCAGUGUGGCCACACCGUCCCUUGUCACCUCCAGGGUGCCAGCCCCGGUGGCAGUGUCACCUCCAGGGUGGCAGUGUCACCUCCAUGGUGGCAGUGUCACCUCCAGAUGCCAUCCCUGGUGGCAGUGUCCCCUCCGUGGUGGCAGUGUCACCUCCCUGGUGGCAGUGUCCCCUUCUCGGUAGCAGUGUCACAUCCAGGGUCCCAUCCCCAGUGUCACCUCCAUGAUGGCAGUGUCCCCUCUGUGGUGGCACUGUCCCCUCCACGGUGGCCGUGUCACCUCCAUGGUGGCAAUGUCACAUCCAGGUUGGCAGUGUCACCUCCAGAUGCCAUCCCUGGUGUCCCCUCCAUGGUGGCAGUGUCCCCUCUGUGGUGGCAGUGUCACAUCCAGGGUGGCAGUGUCACAUCCAGGUUGGCAGUGUCACCUCCAGAUGCCAUCCCUGGUGUCCCCUCCAUGGUGGCAGUGUCCCCCUCUGUGGUGGCAGUGUCACAUCCAGGGUGGCAGUGUCCCCUCCCUGGUGCCAUCCCCAGUGGCACUGUCCCCUCCACGGUGGCAGUGUCACCUCCAUGGUGGCAGUGUCAUAUUCAGGGUGGCACUGUCACCUCUGUGGUGGCACUGUCGCAUCCAGGCUCCCAUCCCCGGUGUCCCCUCCCCAGUGGCACUGUCACCUCCAGGGUGCCAUCCGUGGUGUCCCCUCCCCAGUGGCAGUGUCACCUCCAUGGUGGCACUGUCCCCUCCUCGGUGGCAGUGUCACAUCCAGGGUCCCAUCUCCAGUGUCACCUCCAUGGUGGCAGUGUCACCCCCAUGGUGGCACUGUCCCCAGCAGCACUGUCCCCGUCACCCCAAGCCACCCCUGGUGACACCGCGGUGUCACCCCCUGUGUCCCCUGCCCAGUGCCACCCCCUGUCCCUGUCCCCGUCCCCGCAGGUGACAAUAAAUGCCAUCCCCCCUCCGUGUGUGGCUGUCAUUGUGUCAUUGUCCCCUCCCUGGGGACACCUUGGGGACAAUCCCAGGCUGAGGGGGGGCGGUGGCUUCGCGAUGUCCCCAAGCACAGUGACACGGUGA